GGCACGUACCAAGCUGUGAAGCAGGAGCACGUACGUCUUCAUUCACAAAUGCAAUUUCAAUUUGGUAUAAAAAGCUAAGUCGGUUGACAAAAUGACAUCAGUCACUGAUUGACAGCACUAACAUGAAGACCAUUUGCUUGAGCGUCGUUGUGGUGGCUGCUUGCCUGGCAGUGUGCUAUGCAGAGGCACCCUCCGCUCCCUACCCCCCCAGUGGCUGGAAGCCGUCCGGUCGCCUCCUCUUGUUGCCUGUCAAGCAGCAGCAACUUGACAACCAGUAUGGACCUCCUGCUCCGGUAUCCGCGACCUACGCACCUCCUCAGGCAGAAGAAACAGUAAAUGCUUCCUCAUUCCCAGCAUCUGAGCAGCUGCAGCAACAGCCAGGAGUGACCAGUGGUGUGUACCAUGUGCUUUUGCCUGACGGCCGUCUGCAGAGAGUCGAAUUCACAACUGCGCCCCUCAACUCAGAGGCAGCCCAAAGCUUCACCAGUCCAUCACAACACCAAGAGAGCAAUGGACAAUACCAGCCUCAACAACAGUCCAGCAAUUACCAGAUUCAGCAAAGCCAAAAUUUCGAAGCAGCUCCUGUUCAACAGUUUGCUUUCCCUGCCGCUUUUCCUCAAACCAACGACCAAAGCUCCAGAUUCACACAAGGCCAAACUGCUGGUCAAUCCGCGUUCCAAAAGCCAGCCUUCCAACAGAACCAGUUCGGCCUCAACACGUUCCAGCAGUCACAGACCCAGCAGAACCAUUUGGGACAGACCAGCUUCCAGCAGAAACCAUUCGGCAAAUACGAGGAUCAAACCAGCCAACAGGAUUCAUUCAGCACUGGUGAUGUGUCUUCAAAGCAGGAGAGACAGUACCUGAGUCCUAGACCCAACUCUACUCCAGAGUCUGAGAACAACUUCAACCAGUACAACACUUUCCAGAGCAAUGCUGUUAUUUCAUCAGGGAAAAUAGUUAAUGCCCAGCAGCAACAGAACAAUCAGCCCCAAGUUUUUGGAUACCAACCAGCUUACUCCACCCAGACCCAACAGAGCGAACAGGCAGAUGCAGAGACUGUGCCAACCCCACAAACUGGAUUUGUGGCCAACGUGCAGUACAAGGAUGUUGAACCGAUUCCGGGACCUAUCUACUCUUACAAUCCAGCUCCAUUGGUUCGCAUUCUACGUAAGACUGAAUAAACUCUGACUCCUUCAAAAAUGAUUAUUGGUACUAUUGGUUAUAUGUAAUUAAGUGUGCUGAUCAUGUGAAACUUAUCAAGAAUAAAGUAAUUAUACUUAGUGCAGUUA